AUGAACCACCGGCAACACUCUUUCCAUCAAGUUGAGUUGAUGAAGAUGAAACCUGGAAGAACUGUAAUGCAAAUAUUGAUAUAUUUAAAAGGAUCAUUGAGACAAGCGGUUGACAAAUGGGGUCAAAUUGACGUAAUUGACCCUGCAACUUUCGUUGUGAAAGAAGACAACAAUCUAUUAGUGGUUGAAUAUGAAUUGGUAAAUGACAAAUGGGGUCAAAUUGACGUAAUUGACCCUGCAACUUUCGUUGUCAAAGAAGACAACAAUCUAUCAGUGGUUGAAUAUAAAUUGGUAAAUGUUUAGUGUUUUUAAUGAGCUUCGCUGUUGAUUUUAAUGAGCUCCGCUGUUGACUGGCCUCUAUCAGGUUUUUAUUAGUAGUUAUGGUGAUGGAGGCGGUAACGAUUACAUGUGAUCGAUGAUUUUUGGUGAUUGUGGCAGACUCGAUGUGACGAUGGUGGAUUUACUUUAACAAAGUUUUACAAAAAAAUACUAGUUAACAUAAAAACCAACUCCUAUUUCUUCAUAGUUAUCAUUCCUUUGCUUGAAUUCACAUUUUCUGUUUUAACAAUC